AGUGCUGCGGCGCUGCGCGGCCAUGGAGGCGCUGCCGCGGGGGGCCCAGCGGGGCUGGUACCUGUCCGCCCGGCGGCAGCGGGACUGCGGCCAGGGGGAGGACGGCGACGACGAUAGCGAGGAGGACGGGGAGACCGCUCCGCUGCUCCCGGCGGCGUCGGGCAGAGGCUCCUCGCAGCGCGGCUCCUCCUUCGGCCUCUCCGUGUUCAACCUCAUGAACGCGAUCAUGGGCAGCGGCAUCCUCGGCUUGUCCUACGCCAUGGCCGGCACGGGGGUCCUGGGCUUCAGCGCCCUGCUGCUGAUGGUUGCCAGCCUGGCGUCUUACUCCGUGUUCCUCCUGCUCAGCAUGUGCACGCAGACCGCUGUCACUUCCUAUGAGGACCUUGGCCUGUUUGCGUUUGGAUCAGCUGGAAAGGUCCUUGUUGCAACUACAAUAAUUAUCCAGAAUAUAGGAGCUAUGUCAUCUUAUCUGUUAAUUGUGAAGUCUGAGCUUCCUGGUGCUGUUGCAGGGUUCUUAAGUGGAGACGGGAGCGGGUCCUGGUACCUUGAUGGGAGACUGCUGCUACUCAUUACUUCGGUCUGCAUUGUAUUUCCCCUCGCGCUUCUUCCUAAAAUCGGCUUUCUUGGCUACACAAGUAGUUUAUCAUUUUUCUUUAUGGUGUACUUUGCGCUUGUGAUUAUGAUAAAAAAAUGGUCCAUCCCUUGUCCUCUACCUCUGGGCAGUGCAAUAGAGACCUUACAGGUUUCAAAUUCUACUGCGGAUUGUAAAGCAAAGCUCUUUCAUCUUUCAAAAGAGAGCGCUUAUGCAAUACCAACCAUGGCCUUCUCUUUUCUCUGCCAUACCUCAGUCUUACCGAUUUACUGUGAGCUCCAAAGUCCAUCCAAAAGUAGAAUGCAGAAUGUAGCUGUCACAGGAAUUGGCCUGAGUUUCAUAAUUUACUUUAUGUCUGCUUUGUUUGGGUAUCUGACAUUUUAUGACAAAGUGGACUCUGAAUUGCUGCGAGGUUACAGCAGGUACCUGCCACAUGAUACUGUCAUCAUGACUGUUAAACUGGCCAUACUGUUCUCCGUGCUUCUGACAGUCCCUCUCAUCCACUUCCCAGCGAGGAAAGCCGUAUUCCUGGUGUUCUUCUCUCACCUUCCUGUGUCUUGGAUUUGCCAUAUUCUUGUCACUUUAGUGCUGAAUGCAAUCAUUGUUCUGUUUGCAAUGUAUGUGCCAGACAUUAAAAAUGUAUUCGGAGUAGUUGGUUCAACCACAUCGACGUGUUUGCUUUUUGUGUAUCCUGGACUGUUUUAUCUUAAACUUAGCAGAGAGGACUUCCUGUCACCACACAAACUUGGGGCAUGUGCAUUGGUUAUUUUUGGCAUUUGUGUUGGUCUGCUCAGUUUAGUUCUAAUAAUCCUCAAUUGGAUUAAUCAGUAACGCCGUGUGGUUACUGUCCAAACUGGGCUUCAGGAGGACGGCAAGACCCAGAGACAUGGACAGCCUACAGAAAGCACUGACAACAACCAUCUUCAGAACAAAUAACACUUUUUCAGCCUGCUGGUGAUGUUGCUUCAUUACUCUUGAGUCUAAAAUACUAAUUCUUAAUGAUGCUUUUGUGGCAGGUAAAAAGAUCUCUUGAUAAUUCCCGCUACGCAAAGAUGGUUUGGUGCACGUGGUGAACAAAUGCAGAUGAGAUGGAUUUUAGAUCAGUUGUGAUGUGCAUAUCACAUAUUAUCCUAACAGUAAGAGACUGCUGUUGCUUCUAUAAUUUCCAAAAGCUCAGCCAGUUGGUAUUAAGAACUGACUGAUUCCAAAUGUUUACCCUAAUUCAUUCUAAUACAGAUUGAGAGGCCAACCACCUUAGCCCAGUUUAAUGGGCACAUCAUGAUAACUGUAUUCUUGUUUUAUACCUCCUGUGUACUUGAAUCAUAUUGAAGUAAUUUUUAAAUUAGGAGCUUUUGCCCAUCCAGAAUAAUAGGUUCUUGCAGCAUUAGUGAUUCUGUGUUGUAGUUAAUAAUAGACCACUUUCAGUUGAUGGCUGCUUUUGAGUAUUAUUCAAAUUACCUCAGUAUUCCUGCCAGUGGGAGACUUUUCUCUCUCACUCCCAUUUCUACCAGCGUUUCCUAUUUGAAAUAGAACAUAUCUGUGUUUUAUGUACUGCUGUGUGUUUGGACUUGAAAGGUGGCAUUCUGCUGUCCUGAAUGCAAAGGAAAUUUUAUGUUUAUGGAACCUUAAUUUUACCCCAGAUCUCUAAACAUUCACACACCCUUUUGUAAUUGUAAGUUUUUUCUGUCUAAAUGAAUCGUGAAUGCAGUUUUCAACACCAGCUGGGCUUUGUUACAUAUGGUAUGGGGUGCCCAACCACAAAAGUUCCUCAUAUCAGCCACUGCUUUCAUUCUACUAAUAUCAUGCUUCUAAUAUUCUAAUAAUUCUAAUGCUAAUAUCAGGCUUCCUUAAAUUUGUUACCAUCAGAUGGAAUCUGAUGUCUUUAGAAUAGCCUAAUCUCUUUAGAGACCCUGAAGAAGUUAAGCCUCCGGAGAAAUGCCUCAUGUAAAGUUCAGAAAUCAAACCUCAGACUCAAACAGCAAGAUUUAGAGAGUGGGAAAGUUCUUCAUUAUUUCCAGAUGCAGUCUUUCUUUUAAUUUAGCUUAGCACAUUUACAUCUGAGAAUUGGAAUAAGAUACAAAUGAAACAGUAAAUUAAUUCAUCUGUGUAAUAGGAAAGAAGCUAGUGUAUGACAUUUAGGGCAAUGUCUCUGUCCAUAAGGUGAACAGUAAAUUAGUUGACUCUAGCUAGAAAAUCCUGUUGAAACAGUUCUGUUAAUAUGUUGACAUAAGUUUUCUCACUUGAGAUAGGAAAGACGCCCUAGAAACUGACAUUUCUAACCUCUUAGCAGCGGGUCUGUCUUUUUUAAGCUCCUGUGCAAAACUGGGGCCAGAAACUAAAAAUGAGAAAUAAAGCUACAGCAAAGUCAUAGCUGUGCUGUUCCCAAAAGCACUUCUGCAUAAACAGUCAUAUUUUCCAGUGAUGCAGGAGAGGCAGCAUUCGGUCUUUUAAGUAUUGAUUUUUUUAUUUUUGUUAAUGUUGUCAUGAUAGAUGGUAACUCAGCUCCUCACUGCUGGUGGCUGUAGAGCAACCUGAAAAUUGAUUUCAGCUUGGAAGGACUUCACUUGUAAGCCGACUGCCUUGGGAAAGCGUGGCUGCCUGUGCCAGUGGCCGCAGGGAGCACUGGGCGACGGCGCUCUCCAGAAAAGGAUGUGCCAAAUUCAACAUAACCCAGAGAGAAUGCGCUUGAUCCUUCCCUGUGUAAUAGGGAGGAACAGAAAAUAGCAGAGUUGGAACCACCAUCUCUGUUCCUGAGCUGGCGAGCUAUGCCUUCUCCGGCUUCAGUGCCAGCAGAUCACUCAACUCUUGGGAUCCGUAAGAUGUUUUUCCCUUUUGAUAGAUGGCCUGCAGGCACCCAGGUGGUGUUGGUGUGCAGUUGGUACUGCUUCAGGAAUCCUUUUGCCUGAGGAAUGUUCUUCUGCUUAGGAGUUUAACACAGAAAUAGACUCGAGGGGUGAGGCAUAGGAACUAACUCAGGAGUUCUGUUAGGAUCCCCAUUCUUUAGAAAUCAGUAUGCUAUAUUCUGAAAAAGAUUGCAGUUGUUCUUAUCACAAAGCUUCUACCUGGGGUUUCAUGACACAAGGUGAGGUCACGGCCAGAAACAGCAUGUCCACUCCUGGCUAGAAGCUCACAACUUCUUCCUAUGGCACUGGCAUGGUGGUGGCUCCUGCUCAGCGUGUUUCACUAGCAGAAAACCUGAAAGGUGAUGAGUUUUCUGCCAAAAACUGAAUGAAGUGAGCUCUCCUGGGGACAGGAAAGGGAAGGAGGGUGGAGUUGGACUGCCUUUUUAAAGCCGCAGCAGCCAUUAGAUCAGUGUUUUUCUCACAAACCUCACUCUCCAUCUUUGUGCACUCGGGAUGCCUCUAACUUGAGUGCUCUCCAGCCUCCUGUGAUCAAGGGGUUGGUCAGUUUCUCAGCACUAUGUGAGUAUCAGGGACUGGGGCUGUCCAUCUUCCCUUUGUCCUUGCAGUUCACCCUUCCUUUUCAAUUCUUGAUAACCAGGUGUAGCCCCUCCUGCCUGUGGCUGCCCUCUGAUGGCUGUGUGCUCCCAGGCUUUGUUGGCUGUGGGGAUUCUGCCAGGCAGAGCAUCUCUGGCAGCAGUGCAAAAACCUGAAUAUCUAUUUUAUAUGAAGUGUACCUUGAGAAAUCAACGAUAGCUGCAGAUCAGGAAAUGAUUUUCUAACUGAACCAAAACUUAGGAAAAUAGGAGACCUCACAUUCACGUCAGUGAACUGUAGAUAUAUUUUGUAAGACUAGAAAUUAGGAGGAAUAUUUCUUAGAAUUGUGAGGUUUUAUGAAAACCAUUUCUCAUAUAUCACGGUCUUGCAGCUUACUAUUGAAUAGUAGUUGUAAGACAUCACUGCAGGCACUUUAUUUUAAACUCUGAACAGCAGGACUUAAUAUGGAAGAUUUACAUCAUCUGUGAAGGUGCAGAAAGUUGGCAAGGUUCUGCUGAGCUUUGGCUCUUUGUUUCUCCCAGAGAAAAAAAAACGAGUCUGCCCUGCACUGCAAUCCUCAAUGCCUGCACGGUUGGGUUUGUGUGCAUCAUGUUAAAAGAUGGGGCUGAGAAAAUGCUUGAAAUAAGGUGUCGGUUUUACGACUGAUUCCUGUAAUGCUAUGGAAAUCACUGCAUUAUUGUUUUUAAGCCCUGGGUACAUGAGCCGGGCUGUUAACUGACUGCCCUGGUAGGUAGCAUUGGGCUGAUGAAUACCAGUGUGUGAAGUUAAUGUUCCGUGAGGAUGAAGGGAAGCAAUUCGCACCUCUGCUGGAGCUCUAUUAUUACAUUUUGGCUGUGGCGCAGAAGGGAUGGAAGCACAUUGGUUUGCAGAACACUGUUAUCUUCCAUUUGCAAAAGAGUUAGAAAUGCUGCUACUUUUAACAUGGUCUUAUGAUAUGUAACUUAAAACAUGAGGAGAGGGGCAGAAGGAGAGAACUUUUGCUGUUAAAUUAAGGAAAAGGUGCAUGCAUUUUCCACAAUUCAAAAACAGAGUAAGGGCACUAUUUUUGGUCUCAUUCUUCCCCAGACUGUUUGUGCAUUAUGGCCGUGUAAGGGUUUCACAACAUCUGUACACAAGCAUGAGUUCUGUUGAGCUCCACUCUCACACUCACAUGCUUCUAAAUAUAUUUUUCUAUAAACUUGUGUAUAGAUUUUUUUUGGUUAUAUUUCCAGAUCGGUGAAUUUCAAUGGUUCUGCUUUAUUAUUUGUGUACCGUUUUAUUUCCUGAAGCCUCAGCUAGAAGGAUCCCUCAGCAUUUCUGACCUCGCUUGGAAAGGUUGCCUUUCCCCAGCUGCACAAGGAGAACAAUGUAAGAGAUGAAAACGAGUCGGUAGGCUUUGAUUUGUUUUCUCUCGUUCUCCUGUUUCCAUUCCGUGCCCAUGUAAAGGCUGCUCAGGUUUCAGAUGCACUGCGGUGAGCUGGGAUGGAGGUGUCUCUUACAAAUAGCACUGCAGAAGGGAGCACUGCAUGCAGAGCGCUUACAGCCUGUGUGUGUAUUGUGCUCGAUGCUCAUUGUUUAUUCCCUUGUUUCUAAGCAUCUUAAUACUGAUUUUCACUGCAGCUUGUUUAAAAUUCUCUCAUGUCCCUGUGCAGUGUAAACUGAACCUCUGUUAGACCAUCCUCUCCUCUCUGCCCCCUCCUUUCACCUUCCCCUGAGCACAGAGACAUGACGGUGCAACAAGAUCUGUGUGUGAGCUGCUAGGGCAGAUGUUACGUCCUGCCCUGCUUGUAAGCGUGUUGCUUGCAUGGGAGAGGAUGCAGGCUUGUUCCUUAUUGCUGUAUUUCUGACUGUGCACAAACAGUCGUUGUGGUAUGGAUGUGGAAGUCAGUGCUCUGAAAGCUGCAGUUCAUGGAGGCUGAGAAGACACGGAGGAACCAUCUGCCCAUUGGGCAACAAUAGAGCAGGUUAUAGGUGGGCCUGAUCCAAAAUGGCCAGUCUUUUUAAAAAUAAUCUCAUAAAAUUCAUUUUUAGGAUUAUCUCUAUAGACUAUGACAGUUUUUGUUAGCAUCAUCAUGCAGAUCCAGCAAGGCACACAACGCGUGAGGGCAGAGCUGUGCCUGUUCUGGAUCCAGGUGAUCAUUUCACCUUGAACACAGGUGUGUUGAGCUGGCUCCAAGGCUCUUACAGAGCCAGAGGGAGGUUCCGAAUUUGGAAUCCUGCAAAUUCAGCAGCCUGGGGUCUCUAUUUUGCUUCCUAUAAACAGCAGGAGGAGAUGGACGUUGUACCAAUGCAUCCCUGCAAAGACAUGAAGAUUAAUUGCAUUGUUUCCAACUGUCCCUCCGUACAGAAAUGAAGAUUAACGUUAGCUCAGUAGUGGGCAUCCUAAAUGCACUCUCAUUAAAGCUUCAGCUUCAGGUCAGUCCAGGAGUUACAAUAACAUUGAUUGCUGUAGAACUCUUUUCCUAAUUAGAUUUAACAAUGCAGAAUCACUCCUUUACGUUGCCUUUGAUGUUGAAAGCAUUCACUGUAGUUGUUCUGCAUUCCAUGGAGCCUUGGGACACAUCUACUUCCCAAUGACUGCCACUGUCCGUCAGUUUCCACUGUUGAAAAAGAGCUGCCUAAUUUCGACAGUUUGUGGUGAUGUUUUUGGUGUUUGUGUUUCAGAAGCAAUCACUCAGCUGUGCUCAAUGUGGAAUUGAAGUUUUGUUGUUUAAAGAAAGUCAUCUGUAUGUAAAAAAUACCUCGUGAACGUCUGAUCUGUGUGCCAUGCAUUUCCUGUUUUGAGUUCUUCCUCCCACAGACUUCUAUGGAGCAGCUGUGGCAUGUUCCAAGAAAAACAGAAAAUGAAGAACAGUGUUUGCAUAACUCAUUUGCAAUCUUUGCUUCCUGUGCAUAGUGUGCAAAGCAAAGCGAACCCGGCGCUGCGCUCUGCUGUCGGUUCCAGAAGUACAAAGUUGUUGCGGUUACCCCAGCUCAGGCUGUAGCAUCUCCAUGGCCAAGGAAAGGUGGACGACUGCUCGAGGCAACUGCCUGGGAACCACAGCAUCAUGGAAGGGAAGGCCGUCUGUGCUCCAUGACAGCUGUCCUGGCUGCCGACCUGUGUGCACACCCCCAAACCCUUCAGUCUGAGGCAGUCCUGAACAGGGCAGUUAUAUGGACCAACCUCAUUACUCUGCUGCAGACUUGAUUCCAGAGGUGUAAGAACGGAAGUGUGCUCGUUGCGUGCAGUGAGCAUCAGCAAAUUUGUAUCUCAUUUAUAAAAUUCACCCCAACUAGAAUUGGUACAAAUGGCUCCACAGCUGCUUUUUUCAUGUGUGAUGCAGAAUUUGGUGCUGCCCUGCAGCAGCUGCUCAUGCUUGUUGGUGCUGCUGAGCAGCUCCUGUCCCGGCUUGGCCUUCCUCCUGCCUCCAGCAUCGCCACUUGGCAUGCUCAUGGUUCACACAGCAGCCCUGGGACGCCGGGCAGCUCGCUGCACCUGGUUUAGAUUUAAGGCUUGUUUGCACAUGAUGUCACACUCCUAUUGUCAGCGCAGCAAAGGUCAAGACAGUUCAUUUUGGGAAGGUUUGCAUUGUUGAGUCUUCGCAGUGCAGCCCUUAAUGCCUUAACCAUCUGACUUGCAUUUCAGUUUUCUGGCAUGAUGUAAUAAUCAAACGCACUAGGUUUAUACAGCGUAUGGGAGUCUGAUUGGCCCAUGUUGUAGAACUGCUUUUCUGGAGACUGGGUCCAUGCUGGAGUCUCCCUCCCAGGUAGUUGCAUUUGAUAUUGGGAUUUUCACAUUUGGUGGGCGCGGCGAGGAUGGGUUGAUGUUUGGACUAGAUGAUCUUAGUGGUCUUUUCCAACCUUUGUGAUUCUAUGGUUCUACACAUGGGGAUGGUGGAGGGAUCUUUGGAUGUGGUUUGCGGGGCUCAGAUCCUGUAGGGCUGGAGCCAAGGGCCAGGAGAACCUCGGGCCCUGCUGCCCCCUGUUCUUUCCUGCUCAGUUUGGCUCUGUUCUUUGUCCUUUCAUUUCGUGCCUGAUCCAGAGGCAGGGCGUUAGGUGGCGUUUCCCCCACUGUUAGGGUACGCUGAUGGAAGAGCUCUCUAGAAGCCACAUGCUGAAACGUUGUCCGUCUCUCCAUUUCCUGAUCUGACUGCUCACUUUGCUGGGUCAGAAGCCAAGGAAUGACUUUUCCCCAAGGGGUACAAAGCCUCAGGUUGGAACUCUGUAGACCUCAUAGAUUAUUUCUCCCCCUUCUGCAAAGUUUCAUAUUCCGGAGCUUGAUAUUUCACACAGUGAAAUUCCUUGUCAUUGAAACCCAUCUUUCCAGUUUGAAUCGGAUCCACAGAAAUGCCCAGGCUGCUGGGAGCCCACAGAGCAGCGGUGUCCUUCCCUGGAGCUGCUGAACACAGAGCUCAGCACGACUUUCUGCAUCCAUUCUCUGCAAAAAAAAAGUUUAAAGUGCAAGGAGUAGAGAGAGCCAUUUGCUGAACCUGCACAUCUAUUUUUACCCCCCUGCUCCCUAAUGUUCCUAGAAUAAAUUUUUUAGUGCACAGCAGGUUAGGAAAAAAAUAGUGCUGAUGGCAUCCGUGCUAUCCCCAUUGUGCUGCGAGGAAAGAUAUCAGCUGCUUUGCUGACCUGUCACUUGCACAAAGCUGCAUUCCAGGUACUGAGGCCAUUUGCUCAUCACGCUUUGCUUGACAAAGUGGCCACUGGGGUUUAUAUAUAGACCUGCUUGCCCUGCCAAGUUGCCUGGAAUUCCUGCAAACUGAAUGAAAGCUAGAGGGGCAGCUUGAAAAAUAGAGCUGCUAAUCUGCCGGUGCCUCUGGGAGAGCCAGCCGGGAUGUCCCAGGGCUCGGGGCCUGGUGUCCUGCUGGGGGUGAAGCAGCUGGUGCCCCACUGGGGACUGGGGGAUGAGGAGGGGCUGGGGGGGAUAUUUAUAGUGGGGAUGAGCAGCAGCCCCGGGACUCUGAGGGGCAUGAGCAGUCAGGGCAGCUCCCCAGGGUGCAAUGGGCACAAAUAUCUCUAACUCAAGUAUCUGCUCUCAUAACCAUUAGUGGCACGGUAUGAGUUAGCAAUGCCUGAUAUCCACGUAGAAGCUUUAGGCUGUCAGCUUGUGCCAGUAGACUAAAUGGCAUCUUCAAGAACAAAAAUUCGUCUUUUGUGAUUGCAGAGCAGACCUUGGACAUAGCAAAGCAAAGGUGCGUUCAGUGCAUUGCUGUGAAACACUGCACGCACACAGAGUUGUGGGGCUGAUUCGGGGUUUCCAUGCUUGGGUUUGGUGAUGCCAUAGUGGUUCUUUCAGCUUCAUUUGCAGGUGAGCUUUUGAAUGAUGAGCCAGUGAGGGCGAGGAGAUGGAUGGGCUCUCCAGUCACACGCAUACCUUGUUUGCUUUGUUUUUCAGCCUGCCCUGCUGGCAGCUUUUCCUUCCUCAUAAGGAUGUUGGUGCUGGAGGCAUGACACUGACAAAAUGAAUCCUUAGUCUCUGCAGUGAAAUGUAUUGAUCUCUGAGUGCAUCAGUGGGCCCCUACAGCACAGAUGUCAUAGCUGUUGAAGUGGGCACCCAAUUCCCUUGAGUUUGGCCAUGCUCAGUCUUCCACCCUGGAAGAGGUUGGUUGCCACACUGUGGGCAUAUAUGAAUUUUCUCCGAUCUGCUGCUGGCCCAACCGCUCAAUAAACUCUGAUAUUGGUAAAAA